UAGGAAAUAAUUCUAAUUUUGAAGAUGAAUAAAUUGGAUACAAAUACUGUCAUUGGACAUGGAAAUAAUUCUAAAGAUGAUGUUAAAUUGCAAGACCAAGGAGAUAAGAAAACUGAACAAUGUGUGUCAUAUAUAUCUGCACGAGUAACCUUUGACCCCAAACUCUAUGUGUCUAGGGACUCAAGUUCAACCAAUGCCUCUGUACGGCAGGAUGCAGAAACAGAGUCUAAAAGGUGUAAAAACAGUGACGCGCUUGUGAACAACCAAUCAAACACGGGUGACACCGCAAAGACGCUAAAGCCAGAAGAUACAAAGAUACGGAUACCCUCAACAUGGCAGAGUACUACAGGGACACUGGAUACAAAGGCAACUGAAACGAGCCGAUAUUCCAGUAGCUCGAGCCACGGAGUAGGUUGUUGUCCAGUUUGUAACCUCGUGAGACGAAAGCUGACCAUCGAGACCGAAGCCAUGUCGAGUAACCUGAAGGACGGCAAGACCACGACGAAGGUCGGGGACACGGCACCGACGUCCAGUCGUCCAGUGUUUUCAGUGAGUUCUGAAAGCAGUCUCUUGAGAACGGUCAGCCAAGAGACGGAGGCCACCUCGGUGAGCGACUCUUCGGCCAUGCUUACCGCAGAAUCUCCUGCAGAACCUCCCAGCAAAGAUUCUAAGGUAUUUCGGUUUAGACGAAGCGUCACCAGUCCAAGCCUUUCGGAGGACGCCUUCCUGCUGGAAUCCCCGCCUCCCACACCCAUCCUUAAGAAAACCAACCACCACUAUUCGACCAAACAUGGAAUCAUCAAGGAAUCUCUCGUUGACAACCUCUUUAUCAACCUCAGCGCUCUGUACGCUAUGUUGCUCGUGAUCCUAGGGGCCGUGAUUCCAGUUUCGGAAGCAUUUACGAAAGAGAAAAAGCCUUACCUCUUUCAGGGUUUCUACAUUUACUUGUUCCUUGGCAGCAUCGUCUUCCUCCUGUUUAUCUACAUAUGUGUGCUGAAUUCAAAACGAUUGACGCUUCCCUUUAAGAAGCCGAGACGCAACUCCACGAUUAGUGCCCUUGUUAUCAGACCAAUUAACAUGAACUUUUCAUUUGAUGACUCGCCCCAUUCUCACACAGGGAGUUUCUACCUCAGACUUGGUGCAGUAGCUUUUGGCAUUGGCAGCAUGAUACUGAGUGGCCUAAUAUUUGGAGAUUAUUUGGAAGCUAACCUCCAAGAGUUCUGCGACGAGGUCAUCUAUGGAAUCCGGCCAGUGGUUCAUUUUAUUUUCACUUUUGGACAGCUCUAUUUCGUGUUUCUUCAUUCAAAGAUCUGUGUUAAGCGCUACAAGACCAUAUCGCGGUUUGGCUUCAUGCACAUGAUAGCCACCAACCUGUGUGUCUGGCUGGGGAAUAUCGUUGAAGAAACGAUGGCUGAAAUCCACGAAACGGACGAUGAGCACAAGGUCCAUAUCACCAAUGACGUCAACCCUAUUAAUACGGAUCAGAAGUCCGCCAUAUCAGCGCACGAGAAAAAUGUCAUGCAUGGCAGAGAUACCGAACACGCCAAACAUUUGGCUUCGUACACAGUGCCAACACCGUCCCUCACGACGAUGCUUCAUCCACGUCUCUGUAGACGAGAAAGUCUGAUGAGUUCCGUCGUAGAAGAGGCGAGUCCAUAUUUGUAUCCAUGCAGUAUUGAAUACAGCCUUAUAUGCGCAGGUGUUCUGUACAUCAUGUGGAGAAACAUCAGCAGGAAGGGAAUCAGUGAGGACCAAGAAGAACUGGUGGCAGCUAAAGCAAAGGCCAGGAGAAUGAACCUCGACUGCACGGGGUCAAGUCGCGGACUGUUUCUCGGAAUCCUUGUCAUGGUCGCUGUCGUCAUCAACGUCAUCAUUUUCUUCAUCCUCGUGCACUCCGAGGGUGGGAACGAGGCUGCUGUCAUGUUGGAGUAUCUUUUUGAGAUGGCUAUCUAUCUCAUCACGUCCAUGGCGGUUAUGGUAGCUUUCUACAAGAUGCGCGAUUUGCAGUUCAUUCCUGGGAAAGGGAUGGAUUUGGAGCAGAACCUGAUGGUUCUGGCACUGACGGGAGUAUACAUAUUUUCACUGUUCAGCAUUAUUGCUGGAACAUUUAUUCCUGGGCAAACACAAAGUCUGCUUAUUAUCAUAUCCAGCGUUCUGCGCAUGUUCCAGGCCACCAUUCAGACGGUUUUUAUGCUGAAUUCCUUACGGCGAUGUGCGAAAUUCAAAGAGCAAGAGAAGACGAAGCCAGGAAGAGAGUUUGUGACGUUUCUUCUGAUGGUUAAUAUCGGCAUGUGGAUCAUCAACUCAUUUGAGGUGCAGCAAUCGGAGGCAAAUCCUGUUCAGAUAGAUUUUUAUGGAACUCUUCCAUGGAACAUAUUUGCACAUCUGUCAAGUCCGCUUGCUAUUUUCUAUCGUUUCCAUUCGACAGUGUGUCUUUCAAACGUAUGGAAGCAUGCUUGGAAGCGAAAGCGAGGUUGAAUAUUUCUCGGAAGACCACAGUUGUUAAUUGCUAUUAAAAUAGCAGCAGGAAGUUCAACGUGCAAAUAUUUAUGUUUAAAGUUUUAUUGUUAUAAUUUUUGCAUUACUACCUCCACCCUAGAAAAUGACAGAACCAGUAUCGAGACUUACAAAUAAGAACCUAACUACAAGUAAUAAAAGAAACAUAUAGCCUAGACGAUUUAAAAUCUCAGCGUGCAUCGUUAAUAUUCUCAAAGGAUUUUAACUGUUUACCCGUUCAUGUAUAUUCGGAUGUUUUAUUGUGUGAUGAGGAAGUUACUUGUAAAUAGCAUAACAAAAUUAAUAUACCUCUAUUAUAAUAAUACUGGAAAAAGGACAUGCAAAUAUAAUUUGUAUUUGGACACGUUUAUUUUUGUUGUAUUAACAUAAUAACCAAGUAGAGAAUUAAAAACUUGUAUAUAUGAAAGAUGUGGUAAAUAUAUUCAAGAUGUUUUGUUCGUUUUACUACAAAGCAACUAUUUUGUAAAGUAUGAAACAAGAUGUCUUUUCACAUUUAUAACAUGUUAUAAUAAUGAUGCCGUGAUAACUAACGUAUAUGUGGUCCAGUGCUAGCUGUAUUGGUAGAAGGGUAUUCCUCGUUUUAAACUAAAUACGCUAGUACAAGAAGACGAACCUAUACGACUUCCUGAAGACUCUUCCAAGACCUGGCUUACGUUUCUUAAUGUGAGCGUUCGCUAAACAUUAAGUUAGCUAGCCUUAAGAAACGGACUGUUCACCACAAACGCUAAAAACAGCUGAAAGAUAACUCACGGCAAACAAAAAUGGCUGCCAGAAUCCUGGAUUUUUAGUCUUAAUACAAUUUUUAACUUUUUUUAUUUCUUUAUCACCCUUUAAAACAAAAGUAAAAAGUGAUAAAAUGUUGUUGUUUUUUUAUAUCGUAAUUACGAAUAUACACCUCUGUAUUGGCAAUUUGUGAAUGUUUCUUCAAGAAUAAUUAUAUUCACUGUUUUUGUUGCUAUGGCAACCGUACGAUAUAAACUUGUUACGAAUUAAACAAAUUUAAUUUUGUGCAUGAAAUAAAUGUUUUAUAAAGCUA